GGAGGGGGCUUAUUAACUUCGUCUAAUUAAUUAGGAAAGCAUAUCUAAUCAGUAUGUUUUGGGAAAGUCUCCUGGUCAGAGCUACUGCUCAACCAAAUCCAACCUUGAGGAAGCUGUGUAUCUGUGUGUAUAUGUGCGCGUAUGUGUGUCGGUGUGUGUGUGUGCACUCUGUUGUCAUAGGAUGUUCGGAGGUCAACUGAUCAUUUGACGAGACAACUGGAGCCUAAAAACUCAGAUUGAUGACCUCAGGGGUUCACGGUGUCUCUAAACCAGGAUGUGACUGACGUACAGAUAACCGAUGAGGAUAUUCUUCUGACUCUCAGCCCAUAUGUGGAAAUUUCCUAUCUUUAUCUAUGCCUUAACCAAUCAGAAUCAUUCAAAAUGACAUCAUGACUAGCUUAGUGAUUGUGUGAGAGUAUAAUUGUUUCUGUAAUGAGUGUGUACGCAGAGCGGCCUACAAACUCCUUGCUGAGUGUUGAAGCUGACUUCUGCUGAUGAGACUGCAACCUAUUCUACAGUAAAAUUUUCUUCAAUUGACUGCAUCUCUUGACUCCUGGUCUUCAGUCAUCAUAUCUGGUCCCAUCUGGGUCUUUAACUGUAAAAUUCCCCUACAGUUCUGGUGGAGAAAACGGGCAAUCAUUCUUUGGUAACAUUCCUGGCUAAUCAACAAACAAGGUAACUAACUUGAAAAAGGGAUGGGUCCACACAAAAGAGGAGAGAAGAGGAGAAAAGAAAGAGAUCUGGUAAAAAUGGAGGAAGUUGAAGACUCAGCUGAAUUAGGUGAACCAUCAGAAGACGGCACUGCAGAAAUGGUGAGGGAAAAGAAAGGAAGGACUGAAGAACAAAAAAAGUACAUUGGUGCUCAUGUCUCCAUAGCAGGAGGCAUAUGGAAAGCAGUUGAAGCAAGUGUAGACAUGGGGGGUCACAGUUUUGGAUUAUUUUUGGGUUCCCAACGAACUUGGCAAAGACCUGCCCUUGAUCAGACUGCUGCAGUGAAAUUCCAGCAGGCAUGUACUCAACACGGCUUUGAUCCAAAACAGAUUCUGCCACAUGGAUCUUACCUGAUGAACUGUGGCUCUCCCAAGGAAGAUGUAUUUGCUAAGAGCCAGGCCAUGCUGGUUGAUGAACUCAGUCGUUGCAGUGUUUUGGGCCUCACUCAGUUCAACUUCCACCCUGGGGCCUCCAUGGGCUCCAGCAAAGAGCAGUGCUUCGAGAGGAUUGCCCAAGCUAUAAACCAUGCUCACCAGCAAAUACCUGCAGUCUGUACCGUUCUUGAAAAUAUGAGUGGACAGGGAAGCACUGUGGGUGGACAGUUCAACGAGUUGAAGAGCAUAAUUGACCAUGUUCGAGAUAAGACUCGUGUUGGAGUAUGUCUAGACACAUGCCAUGCAUUUGCAGCAGGUUAUGACAUUUCUUCAGCAGGAGGAGUGAAGUCUGUGCUUGAUGAAUUUGACCAGGUGGUUGGACUUCACUACCUGAGAGCUGUUCAUCUCAAUGACUCAAAAGGUAAAUUGGGCUGCCAUUUGGAUCGCCAUGAGGACAUCGGCCGUGGAAAGAUUGGCAUCUCUGCUUUCCGAAACAUUGUGAACGAGCCUCGACUCGACAACAUCCCUCUCAUUCUUGAGACCCCUGGCCGCCCAGGUUUUGAAUAUGCUGAGCAAAUAAAGCUCCUGUAUUCUCUCUGUGAGGACUAGAAUGCAUAGGGGCCUCUUCAUUAGACAAGUAUAAACAUUUUGUGUCCUGUUUGAUUCUACUCACAUACUGUACAUUUCAUACAAACGUACAAUAAACAUAAAUUGGGUUUAAAUAAUCUGUUAAGUAUUAAGUGUAAGUGAUUGUUUGCACAUUUGGAAUUUAGCAGUUUAGUCAGCAGAGGGAGCUGGAAACAAGGCUAAAAUGAUACACUAAGUAGAAACCCCGACUGUGAAUCCUAAAAUAGGUCUACUGAUGCAAUUCCGCUUUCAUAUUGUACUUUCAUACAUUUUAAAGAAUUUACUCAAUCACUACUUUUCUGCUUUCCCAGCCCUGAGAAUUGUGAGAGUGAGUAAUUCACUGUGAUAUUCUUCCUCUUUCCCCUAUUCAGACUAAUGCUUGUCCCUUUCGUUUACUAUUAGCAGGAAAUGCCAUGUUUUUCAUUUUAUUCUUCGAUUGGGUGUUAUUGGACAGUUUAGGUUACUGAUUGAAGUUGCAGUUCUUCUUGAGGGCACUGUGGAGGAAGAGGGUUAGUGUGAAUUUUGACAGAAAAGGAAAGGUGCCUUGGUUAGGAAGUUUUCUCCGAUUCACUGCCAGCCUACAGGAAAUGCCAGUCACACACAAAUCUGUUCUAGCAGCCUCGGCCUCUGGAUUGGAUCACUGGGUUAGACAAGACUGUACAGACUGUAGAGCAAUAAAAGUUACAGUGAUUGGCUUUAUUUAGCCUUUGUCUGAUAUGUAGUUUCUCCAAAAGGCAGAUACAAAUGUGAAUGAACACUGAUAUAACGCAAUCUUUUGGAAAUACAAAUACAAAACACAGUAUGAGUACAAGUUUUUCUCUGACUGUGAUGGAUUCCAAAAGGGAUUUCUUCACAAGGCCUUUGCUUGAUUCUAGGAUACUAAAAAUAAUUCAAAUUGCUUUUUGAUUGCUUUCUCUCUUAAACAAAAUUGAUUAAAGCAAAACAGUAAGUAAAACCAUUCUUUGACAAAAAAUAUAUAUUGACUUUUGCCCAAGACACAGUCAAGUGAGGCCAAACCACUUGUAUGUGACAGAACUCCUGUUAAAUAGAAGUGGAGCCUUUGCUUGCAAUUAAAGCAUAUACUGCUUCAUAAGUGGUUAACCUAAAUGUCACACACAAACAGCUCUGGCAACCGCUGAAAGAUUUUUUGAAAAAAUGCCCAUUAGACGUUAGCUGUACUUUGGGUGACUCUGGAAUUAACAACUCAGUUACUGGGUAUCAUUUAAAGCUCAGCUGGAUAAGAUCACUGCGUGGAGGACUGGGACAGCCUGCCUUUUGGUAGGUAGGAAGGAGAGUGCAUGUAUCAGUCAGAGGUUCCAGUGGAAGUACCACACAGACUUUCUGUCAUGUUCCUGCUCAAUUUGCAUUUCAUACUCAAUCACAGGUGAUCUAAUAUACAGUACAUAGAUUUGCAUAUGACCAGAAGACCGAAGGCUCACUUGAUUUGGAUAUGUUAUUUUAUGAAAGCACAAAAGCAACAUGUGUAGCAAAUUUAUCUCAGAGAAUGAGUUGGUCCACAUGCAGCACAACAAAAUCAGAUGUGUAGAUCUUCCUGUGCCCAAAAAAUCAAGCAAUGAAGUAAACAUUCAGCAAGCGUGGCUGUAUAAGGCCUUCUAUUCCUCUCCACUCCUGCCCUUGACCAAGGAAUGUUCCAGAGAGUGGUGGCUGGGAACGAGGCCGCGCAGCCUCAGACAGGCCAUCACAUGCAGCAGCCGCAGGCUCCAGUCCGGUCUUCUCUGAACCCUGCUGAUUUGGUAAGCAUUCAAAAGCCUGAGAGACUGAGUCUGUCUUUAUAAAUGCUCUGUUCUUUGUUUGGAAAAAGAAAAUGAAGGAACAUCACACAGCAGGGUUUUGCCUGUGUGAGAGGGUGAUGGUGUGUAGUUUACAAUGUUUGCAAUUUAUUUCGAUUGUAUUUGCAUAAAAAAGUAU